AUGAUAUUAACAAAUUCAUAUCUUUUCUUAAAAUACAUAAGAUGGGCUUCAUCAGGGCCUCGUUCUACAAAACAUCCACGACAUCGUAUUCCAAAGUUAAAACCUAUACCAGAAGGAAUAUUGUUACAAAAAGAGUUAAAUUCUGAGCUUUUUUAUAACCCUCCUUCAUCUCCUCCAGAUUAUAAAGUAACUCCUUAUUCAUUGCUUCCAGACGAAGUUAAAAAAUUGACUGAAAAACCUGUUUUUCAAGGGAAAUUGCCUCCACCAUUAUCACCUAUUAAGAAGAAAAAAUAUAAUUUAACUGAAGAAGAUAUAAAGGAAAUUAAGAUUCUAAGAGAAAAUGGAAUAAGUCGUUCUGAAUUGGCAAAGAGAUAUAAUGCAUCUCGACUAUUUAUUGGAAUGGUUUCAUCACUAAGUAAGGAAAAGCUACAAGAAAUUGAGAAAAAAAAUCAAGAAAUCAGGGAUAGUUGGAGUGAACAUAAAAAAGAAGUAAAGAUGAAUAGAUAUAAAAGAAAGAAGUUGUGGAAACAAGAAUAUAAUUAG